AGGUGGAUUUUCCCAGGCCAAGUUGCGCAACCCGCGCUACUCAAUCGGUCUGUCCGUGAUGUAUUUAAACAAGUUUUAGUGGCUCCGGCUAAGCAGAAGUAGGACGACCGUCUCAAGAGUCCGCAUCAAAGGAACUUCAUGAUGACGAAAUACGCUACCUUCCUCUUGGCUUUCCUUGUGGCCGGAGCUCUUGCUGGCACUCCUCAAGAUUCGAACCUCUACCUCGACAGCGUCCUGAGGGACCAUCUCCCUGGCAACGUGCGCUCCCUAAACCUCGAUCCGGCCACACUGCCCGAGCUCAAAGUCAAGGUGAAGUCGACCUUCGUCACCAAUCGCGAGCUCAAGGCAGAGCUUCGCAACGGAGCCGUUCACGGUCUGUCCACCGCCCUACGACGACGUGGCGACUGCUCGGCUCCAGGUUACCAGGGACCUAACGUGACCGUAGGGUGCAACGUCAACCUCGACGGCGUUUCGGUGUCCUACGAGGUCAAAGCUAAGGGCCACAACUUCGCCGGCAUCAAGACCAAGUACAACCUGGACCUCUACGUCCAGAACACCAACGUCUUCGUGGAGGUGACCAGCUGGCCUCCUCAAGCGGGCGUUCUGAAGACUCUUACUCUCGGCGGCGUGGACUUCAGGAUCGUCCAUGGUAAAAGUCUUGGCCUCAACAAGAAGAGGCAGCAGGCGUACGACGAAGAACUCAAGAGAAGCGUUCAGGGCGCGCUCAUUUCUCUGAUUUACGGGAAAUUCCGAGACGCCCUGAAUCUGUCUGUGAGCAGAGUAGCGAUGCCGAGGGUAUAAUAAAACGCAACGUAUACCUUCAA